UUACGUACAUGCAUGUGUGCGUGUCUGAGGUCUCAAACCUUCACUUUACAUAAAAUCGCGUGAUGCCAGAUGAGUUAUAUCGCUUCCUCCCUGAGACGUUCAAACAACUUCCUCAUCUGAACUUCAUUCUUCCUCAGUGAGCGGCCAUGAAGACCAAUCUUUCUCUAGAUCCACUCUAAUCCCUUUCACCUGAUUGACUUGUUUUGGGAACACUUCAACCUCCGUUUCUUCCCUUACAUUUGUAUUUUUAUUACUUUAUACCGUAUGGACACAUUUUAAUCCCAGAAUAGAUAAGGUCUCCAGUCUACUAUGGAUGAGGAGAUAGAGGAGGGGGGUCCUACCUCUAAGACCACUCUGUCUGGGGAACAUGGCCGCCGGAGCAAAGCUAAGAGCCCAGAGCAGCAGCAGAGAGCAGACUCCCCUGGACCCAGCUGUGUCUCCAUGAAGAGUGACUCGUCUAUGUACCUACCUCCUGUCUUUAAAGAUGGACGGCCCACCGGAGAGGAGAGAAGGAGGCAGGAGAGAGCAGACUCCCCUGGACCCAGCUGUGUCUCCAUGAAGAGUGACCAGUCUAUGUACCUACCUCCUGACCUUAAAGAUGGACGGCCCUCCAGAGAGGAGAGACACCAGGAGAGGCCAAAGGUUACCAGCGCUCAGUUUGUACAGCAGCAUCAAACAGAGCUGGAGAUGAACAAGAAGGAACUGGCCGACACACUGUGGGGCGCAUCUGCUGCUGUCGAGUGCCAACCUAAAUUCAAGUCUCGUUUGAAGAAGAAGUUGUGGAGUUUGGAUGAGGGAAUCACACAAGGAGAGCAAAGACCUCUGAAUGAGAUCUACACAGAGCUCUUCAUCACAGAGGGAGGCAGUGGAGAGGUCAUCCAGGAACAUGAGGUCAGACUGAUUGAAAUAGCUUCCAGGAAACCAGCCAAGGAAGAAACACCAAUCAAAUGUGGAGACAUCUUUAAACCCUUACCUGGACAAGAUAAACCAGAUAAACCAAUCAGGACAAUAAUGACAACUGGAGUGGCCGGCAUUGGUAAAACCGUCUUGACACAAAAGUUCACUCUGGACUGGGCGGAAGAUAAAGCCAACCGUGACAUAAACUUCACAUUUCUCCUCACUUUCAGAGAGCUGAAUUUACUGAAAAAUAAAGAGUUUAGCUUGGUGGGACUUGUUCAUCACUUCUUUAAUGAGACCAAAGAAGCAGGAAUUUGCAGAUUCCACCGGUACCAAGUUGUCUUCAUCUUGGAUGGUCUGGAUGAGUGUCGACUUCCUCUGGACUUCCAGAAAAACCGGAUCUGGACUGAUGUCACAGAGUCCACCUCAGUGGACGUGCUGCUGACAAACAUCAUCAGGGGAAACCUGCUUCCCUCCGCUCGCAUCUGGAUAACCACACGCCCUGCGGCAGCCAAUCAGAUCCCUGCUGAGUGUGUUGACAGGGUAACAGAGGUGAGGGGGUUCACCGACUCACAGAAGGAGGAGUUCUUCAGGAAGAGAUUCAGAGACGAGGCAAUGGCCAACACAAUCAUCUCCCACCUCAAGAAAUCACGAAGCCUCCACAUCAUGUGUCACAUCCCAGUCUUCUGUUGGAUCACUGCUACAGUUCUGGAGGACAUCUUCAAAACAUCCAAGAGAGGAGAAGAGAUGCCCAAGACCGUGACUCAGAUGUACAUCCACUUCCUGAGGGUUCAGUCCAUACAGGGGGAUGGGAAGUACCAUGGGAGAUCUGAAACAGAUCCACACUGGGAUUCAGAGAGCAGGGAGAUCAUCCUUUCUUUGGGAAAACUGGCUUUUAACCAGCUGGAGAAAGGCAACCUGAUCUUCUACGAGGCAGACCUGGCAGACUGUGGCAUCGACAUCAAAGCAUCCUCAGUGUACUCAGGAGUGUUCACCCAGAUCUUUAAAGAGGAGGGUUGGUUGUACCAGGACAAGGUGUUCUGCUUUGUCCAUCUGAGCAUCCAGGAGUUUCUGGCUGCCCUUUAUGUCUUUCUGUUCUUCAACGACACUGGUAUCAAUCUGCUCUCAGAAGAACCACCCACCUCUGGGAAAGAUCAAAUCCUCCUCCUCUACCAGAGUGCUGUGGACAAGGCCUUACAGAGUGACAACGGACAACUGGACUUGUUCCUCCGCUUCCUCCUGGGCCUCUCUCUGGAGACCAAUCAGAUUGUCCUACGAGGUCUGCUGGGACAGACUGGAACCAGCUCACUGACAAAUACAGAAACAGUGUCUUACAUCAAGGAGAAGAUGAAAAGAGAUCUAUCUUCAGAGAGAAGCAUCAAUCUGUUCCACUGUCUGAAUGAGCUGAACGACCGUUCUCUAGUGAAGGGGAUCGAACAGUACCUGACAUCAGUAAGGGUCCCCAAAAAAACUCUCUCUCCUGCUCAACUGUCAGCUCUGGCCUUCAUCCUGCUGACAUCAGAAGAGGAGCUGGACGUGUUUGACCUGAAGAAAUACUCUGCUUCAGAGGAGGGUCUUCUGAGGCUGCUGCCAGUGGUCAAAGCCUCUAAAACAUCUCUGUUGAAGGACUGUCAUCUGUCAGAGAGAUGCUGUGAAGCUCUGGCCUCAGUUCUCAGCUCCAACUCCUCUAGUCUGAGGGAGCUGGACCUGAGUACCAACGAUCUGCAGGAUUCAGGAGUGAAGCUGCUCUCUGCUGGACUGGGGAGUCCACGCUGUACACUGGAAUCUCUCAGGCUCAAUGGCUGUCAUCUGUCAGAGAGAUGCUGUGAAGCUCUGGCCUCAGUUCUCAGCUCCAACUCCUCUAGUCUGAGAGAGCUGGACCUGAAUACCAAUGAUCUGCAGGAUUCAGGAGUGAAGCUGCUCUCUGCUGGACUGGGGAGUCCACGCUGUACACUGGAAUCUCUCAGGCUCAAUCGCUGUCAUCUGUCAGAGAGAUGCUGUGAAGCUCUGGCCUCAGUUCUCAGCUCCAACUCCUCUAGUCUGAGAGAGCUGGACCUGAGUACCAACGAUCUGCAGGAUUCAGGAGUGAAGCUGCUCUCUGCUGGACUGGGGAGUCCACACUGUACACUGGACACUCUCAGGCUGAAUAACUGUCAUCUGUCAGAGAGAUGCUGUGAAGCUCUGGCCUCAGUUCUCAGCUCCAACUCCUCUAGUCUGAGAAAGCUGGACCUGAGUACCAAUGAUCUGCAGGAUUCAGGAGUGAAGCUGCUCUCUGCUGGACUGGGGAGUCCACACUGUACACUGGAAACUCUCAGGUUGUCUGGCUGCCUGGUCACACAGGAAGGCUGUGCUUCUCUGGCCUCAGCUCUGAGCUCCAACCCCUCCCAUCUGAGAGAGCUGGACCUGAGCUACAAUCAACCAGGAGACUCUGGAGCUACACUGCUCUCUGCUGGACUGGAGGAUCCACGCUGGAGACUGGACACUCUCAGUGUGGAGCACGGUGGAGUGCGGAGGCUGAAACCAGCUCUAAAGAAGUAUGCCUGUGAACUCACACUGGACCCCAACACGGCCCACAGAGACCUCUCUCUGUCUGAGGACAACAGGAAGGUGACGUGGGUUAGAGUUGAGCAGUCGUAUCCGGAUCACCCAGAGAGAUUUGACUACUGGGACCAGGUGUUGGGUAGAGAGGCUCUGACUGGCCGCUGUUACUGGGAGGUAGAGUGGGAAGGAUAUGUUGAUGUAGGAGUGACAUACAGAGGAAUCACAAGGAGAGGAGGGGGUGGCGACAGCAGGCUUGGAGAGAACAACAAGUCCUGGAGUCUUUAUUGUGAUGAUGAUGGUGGUUACUAUGCCCGGUACAACGGUAUAGAGACAGCCCUCCGUCUCCACGCCGCUGGCUCCACCAGAGUAGGAGUGUAUCUGGACCGGCCUGCUGGCUCUCUGUCCUUCUACAGAGUGUCCCCAGGUGGAGGAGGGUCCUCAGACACACUGACACACCUCCACACCUUCUGGUCCUCCUUCACCCAGGAGGACCUCCUCCCGGGGGUGGGGGCCCCCUGGUCAUCAGUGUCUCUGUGUCAGUUAUAG